AUGGUUGAGAAGGCAAGAAUGAAUUUUGCAAGAUGGUGGUACCAUGCUAAUAUACCUUUCCAUGCCGCUCACUCUGUGUAUUAUCAAGAAGCUUUAGAUAGUGUAGCAGCUAUUGGGCCUAGUUUUAAGGGACCUUCUUAUCAUGACUUGAGGGGGCCUUUAUUACAAAAACAUGUGGGUGAAAUGAAUGAUUAUCUCUUAGACGUGAAAAAUGAUUGGAAAGUUUAUGGGUGUUCAAUAAUGUCAGAUGGGUGGACAAAUCAAAAGAGAGCUCCAAUCAUUAAUUUUUUAGUGUAUUGUCCUAGAGGUACCAUGUUUCUUAAAUCCCUUGAUGUGUCAGGCCUAACAAAGGAUGCAGAUACAUUGUUUAAGUUGUUUGAUAAAGUUGUUCAAGAAGUUGGGCCUGAGCACGUUGUGCAGUUCAUUACAGAUAAUGAUUCUUCUUACAAGUCUGCAGGAAAGAAGCUAAUGCAGAAAUAUGGGACAUUCUAUUGGUCUCCUUGUGCAGCCCAUUGCAUUGAUUUAAUGUUGGAAAAUUUUUCUGAUAAAAGAUAUUUUCCUAUCAUUGAUGAAACCAUUCAAAAGGCUAAAAAGAUUACCAAAUUCAUAUACAACCAUGGCAAGAUUUUAUUUUUGAUGAGAAGCGACUUCACUAAUGGUAGGGAUUUGAUUCAUCCAGUCAUCACAAGGUUUGCAACUGAGUUUUUAAGUCUUUAA